GCCCCUGAAUAAAAUGACAUUUCUGUAUAAGGCCUUAAUUACUUACUAUUGACAUUUUUUAAUAUAACCAAAAUUGCAAAAUUUAUUUUGAUUUUAUCAAAUGUGAAUUCCAAUUUGUAACAGAUCAAGGUAUUGAUCAAAUGUGCUGAUACUUUACUGGCGGAUUGGAUUAAAAGGAACUAAUAAAAUUAAGAUGGUUGUUCGACGUAAAGUAUUACCCUACAUCGCACAUACAAUUUGGGAUGGAAUUCGUCAAAUUACUCAUCAACGAAAACUUGCUAAUGUUACAAGAUUAUUGAAGUUGUUACAAAAAGAGCGGCCUGAAUUAACUACGACUCAAGCUGAGCAAUAUAUCACAGAUUGUAUUGAUGAAGGCGUUAUAGUACCAGCUCCGAAAGGGCUUGGACCACAAAGCUACGUACUACCACUCCCGUCAGAUGUUAAAGACUCAGAGGAUACACAUGAUUGGUACUGUAUUGAAUGCCACUGGCCAGGAGAUGUAGAAAUGUGUGAAACUUGUCACCGAGUGUUUCAUUUAGAUUGUAAAACUAGAUCAAGUGAUAAAAAGACUGAAACCACAUUAAACAAAUCGAGAACAAGCCAAUCACGAAAAUCUCUCGAAAUACCAGAUUUAAAUUAUUCUAAUUCCAGUUCAAAAUUGGAUAAUAGUCAAUCUGUAAAAGAAUUGGAUCCACUGGCUGAUCAAAGUCAAGACUCGAUUUCUCAACAAACUAUAGAAUCAACUAGUAUACCAAAUUUAAAAAUUAAUGGAGGCGAAUCAAAUGGUGACAUAGAUACAAACUUACAAAAUAAAGAAGAAAAAAUAUGUUCAAUUUGUAAAUUAAUAAAUACAGAUGAUUUUGAAAUAGAUCCAGAAGAAUUAAAUUAUUUAACGGGAUUUAUCUUCUCAAGAAUAAAAUCAUGGCUACCAGCUAAAUUAACAGAGAGUAUUGGUACACAAGAACUUGAACCUUGGGUUGUCCAAAGUGAUGCAGAAUGGAAAGGACGCUAUUUAUUACACAAAACAAUUGAUAUGCAUGCGAUGGAACUAAAAGCUCGCACAAAAAGUUAUAAAAAAUUAAAUGAAAUUCAUGCUGAUAUUUUAUCUAUUAAACAUAAUGUUGCUGUUUACCAUGGAAGACAUUCAACAGAAGUUCAAGCUGUUGAUUAUAUGUUAAUGGAUGCUUGCCAUGAUAUUGAUGAAAUUCGUCAGUGCGUUGAUUGCUACCAUAAUAGUAAUGAAAAGAAAAAUCGUCGAUGGUUUUGUAUACCGUGCAAACCACCACAUGAACUAGUAUGGGCAAAACAAAAAGGUUUCAGUUAUUGGCCAGCAAAAGUAAUUAAACGAAAAGAACGUCAAUAUGAUGUGCGAUUUUUUGGAGCUAAAUAUUUAAGGGCUGUGAUAGAUCAAAAUUACGUUAAACCAAUAAAUGUACCAUUGAUGAACUUAAAGAUUAAAAGAUCUCCUGCGUUUAAUAAAGCUUAUGAAGAACUUCAAUUACAUCAAGAAUGGCUAAAAAAACCUUUUGAAAUGUCAAAAUAUUUUUCGUUAAAGUCACCUAAGGGUGAAAAAAGUAAAAGUGUAAGAAAUUCAAUUGAAGCACCUUCAAAAGCAUCUACUAUUACAAGUAAACGAUCUUCAAACAGUAAUGAAAGCGUUAGCAAAAAACGAAAAUCAACAUCUUCACCAACUACGUCUAUAGACAACACUCCUGCUCGAGAAUUACGAUCAAGGACCUCAUUACAAAAGACAGAUGGAACAAGUAAUUCAAUUGUUAUUUCAGAUGCUGAAGAUGAUGAAACUAUUCAAAGCCAAGAUGAUCUUAUAAGUUCUACGCAAGAUAUUCGUUGUCAAAUAAAUAAUAAGUUAGAUCCAUUAAGUGACGGUAAUGGGUCAUCUCCAGAUAAUCCACCAAGACUUUCUGAUAAUAAAAAUAUUGAGGCAGCUGAAAAACUAAGAAGUCAACUAGAAGCUUGUGAAGAUAGACAAAAAAUUAUACAGCUAGCUUGUGAUACAGUCCAAGAACAGGUUGAUCGAUUUACAGAAAAAAUUCGUAGUAUUGUUGCAUCACAAGCAGCAGUUAUUUCUAAUAUUAAAAAAAAACAAUGGUGUUAUAAUUGCGAACAAGAAGCGAUUUAUCAUUGUUGUUGGAAUACAUCAUAUUGUUCAACAGAAUGUCAACAAAUGCAUUGGCAUACUGAACAUAAACGAAACUGUAGACGUAAACGACCAUAAAAGAAGUAUCACCAAAAAUAAAAUGUAUGAUAAACGG